AUGUGUACCGAGUUACCUAAAGAGUUUGAAAAGACUUCUGACGUGCUACCAUUCACUAAAUACGGUGUGUCUACCCUUGCAGAGUUUCAAAAUGCUGAAGAACAUAUUCAGCACCUGGAAUUAUUAAAGAAAGCUGGUUUGACUGAUGAGGAAGUCAAAUUGUAUGAAAAAAAUGAAGCUGGGCUUCUUGACCAACAGAAAAAAGUUGAAUCUACAGCUUUGAAGGAAAAGUUACAUGCAGUGUACACAAAAAUUCGUGAUUAUCAAGAGACUAAAGAUAGAUUAUCAAAGCAAGGUGAACCCAUCCCUGGUACAUCAACCCACAACACAGAACACUCUUACAGAAAAACUAUAAACUUCUACCCUGAGGGCCAUCCUAUUAAUGAACUAAAAGAAAUCGAGGAAAACCUCUUUGGGCACUUACGUAAUGAUGAUAUACUGCCUAUCACCAAAAGGAGGAAAAUUUUACGAAGAUUAGAAAGGAGAAAAGAUAGAAUUCUAGCACACCAAAAGGAAAUACAUUUAAAGCCAUCUCCAAGUGUGUCAAUACCAAAAUUGGGAAGUUUGUGGGAUGUUAAAGACAUAGCAGGUAGAAUAGCUGAACAGCCUACGAGACCCACCAUUGGACCAAAAGACAGGACUAUGUACACGAUAAAGGAGAAUAGAAUAGUUAGGUUGGAACAAGAAAAUCAAGAUGAAUUCAGAGCAGUUGAUAUUGUUAUCCCACGGAACCGAGCAGAAGAACGAUUACUUGAAGGUACUAAAAUGAACUUGGAAGAUAUUAAAAGUAUUGAGAGAUUUAGAGAUUAUAAACCAGGGAUACCAUCUAAGGUUUUAUACCUCAAGAAUAUUGCGCCUUCAGUUACUCCAGAUAAACUAUCCCUAUUAUUCAACCAAUUUCAGCUUGAAAAUGGCGGACCAAUAGAUGUCAGAUUAUUAGGGGGCCGAAUGAGAGGACAGGCAUUUGUUACGUUUAGAAAUGAAGAUUUGGCGAUACAGGCAUUAGACGAGGUGAAUGGAACAAUACUCUCAGGACGUCCCAUCAUAGCAGAGUUUGGUAGAAACAGUAACCGUGUGCAAGAUGAUUUAUAA